UAUUAUCAACAAAACUGAAGCAGUUGUAACUGGCACUCGUCUAGCAUAUAUUACAGAGUUUUUUUUAGUUAUAAUUUAUAAAUAAUAAAUAUUAAUUGUAUUAAUCGUGAGCACUGGGCACAGCAUUAUAGUGCGUAUUGCAUAGCCCAGCAUACAAUUGUCACCGUGUUAAUUUUACUGCGCGUUGCUGUACUGCAGUUGUCUAAAGAUAACAAUUUGUUGUGUAUUAAAUGUUAUUUUCAAGUCGAUUGUCAACCAUGCAGCGUAAUAGUGCAAAAAGCAUAAUAUUUUAUAAUGGGCCAACUGAUAAAUCCUCUUGUGGUUAUUGUAAGAAAGACAAAUCUAGCUGUAGCAAUGGAUUGUGGGCUUCUAGUCUUACAGUAGAAGCAUACCAAGAUAUGAUUGAUCGUGGGUGGCGACGUGCUGGCAAGUAUUGUUACAAAUCAAUCAUGGAUAAAACGUGUUGUCCACUUUACACUAUCAGAUGUGAAGCUUUGAAGUUUGAGAUGUCAAAGUCACAGAAAAAAGUUAUAAGAAGAGUAACUACAUUUUUAAAAAAUGGAGAAUGUGAAAAAAAUCCAGUUCAUACUGAACAAGCUGAAAGAGAACCCUUUAUGAAAUGUGAAGUAGAAAAUAUACAAAAUCAUGAUGAUAAAAUGAAAAUUAUGAAUACAGAUUAUUUACUUAAUGAAGAACAAAGUACUUCUGAUAUUGGUUCAAGUAACGAUACUUUGGAAAUUAUAAAUGAAGAAGUUAGCAAAAUGGAUGUACCUCUUAAUUUAAAUUGUAACUCUGAAGCUCAGAAAGUACCUAAAAAAGUUAAACCUGGUAAAGGAGCUGAUCCAAAUUUGCCAAGUUCAAAAAAAAAAAAGUUUUUACGCAUUCAAAAAAAAUUAGCUAAAGAUCCAAAUUUUGUAUAUACAAUUUCACCCCCUGAAAUAAAACUUUUAGAAGAGUAUAUUGCUGAGAAUGAUUCAGUAUGUACUGGUGAAGAUAAAAAAUUAAGAGUGACCUUGGUCAAGACCGGCACAGAAGCAUUUUCCCAAACUUUCAUUGCUGGAGCUACUUUAUUUGCCAAGUAUCAAAUAACUGUGCACAAUGACACACCAGAUGACUGUAAUACGGAGCAAUACUUAUCAUUUCUUGUUGAUUCACCUUUGAAGGAAGAAAAAUCAAAUCAUCCUCAUCAUCCUGGAUAUGGCUCAUUUCAUCAACAAUACUGGCUUGGUGAUAAAUUAAUAGCUGUAGGAGUAAUAGAUAUUUUACCAAAGUGUGUAUCAUCUGUAUAUUUAUUUUAUGACCCAGAUUAUCAUCACAUGGUGUUAGGAACUUAUAGUUCCUUAAGGGAAAUACAUUUAGUGAGAGAAUUGCACAAAAUGUCACCCAAUUUGAAGUACUAUUACAUGGGCUUUUAUAUACAUUCUUGCCCAAAAAUGCGCUACAAGGCAAAAAUUCGCCCAUCUUAUCUAUUAUGCCCACAAAAAUACACAUGGCAUGCAAUUGAAAAAUGCAUUCCGAAACUCGAUAAUAAAAGUUAUUCAAUAUUUGAUGAGUCUGAUGACACUGAAGAUAAUGAUAAUUUCACAAUAGAUCACAUUCUAGUACUAUAUCGUGGUGCAUUGAUGCCUUAUUCAACAUACAAAAUAAUUGGCCAUAAUCAAGAUGAACAGAUUAAAGAAUAUAAAAUAUUAAUUGGACCUAAACUGGUACGGAAAUUAAUUUACUGCAUUAUGGAUUAAUUAUAAUAGUUGCUGUAUAUAACACAUUGAUCUGGAAUUUUAACAACUUAUUAAUAUUGAUUGUAUCAAAAUAUAUAUUGUAUUUAAUUUUUAAUAUCUUUAUUUUAAAACUAACAUUUAUAUAUAUUAUAUACAUAGAAUUACCAAUCAUGCAAAUGAGUAUAAUUAUUUGAAACCAUAAGUUUCUUUAUAUUUUGUUUAUCUUGUUUGUUAAUUUGGUAAACGUAUGUUUUAUAACUGCUCGAGUUUCUGAAGAUAAUAUUUGAGAAAACGUAUAAAAUACAAUCAAGUACCUAAAUAAAUAAUGAGUAUAGAAAGUUUUUAUUAGAAGCUUCUAUACUCUAAACAUUAGUUAGCAAAUAUGAUUAUUAGGGCCCGGAUUUACAUGCAUUUGUAAGUUUUUUUCAAGUAUUUCAAAAAGUAGCUAGAUAAGUUACAAGUUGAAUUAUUUUUAUUUUUAAUUAUUGUUCAAGAAGAUAAUGGGCCCCACUGAACAUGUUCGUGUGGGGGCCCAUGAGUUCACAAUUUGAAAUAUAAAUUUAUUAAAUAGUUCAUAUAAAUUAAAUAAUUACAAUUUGCAUAUAACUAUAAUAUAAAUAAUAUGUUUUCUUCUCUUUGCUUAUAUAAUACAAUAUUAUGUAAAAAAUUAUGUAGUUAAAUAAUACAAUAUAAUAUGGUAAUAUAAAACAAAAAUUAACAAUAAUUACCAAAAUCAUACUACUAAUAUGAUAAAUAAUGAAUUAAUCCUAUACGUUUGUUAAGAGUCUUUCUAUAUUUUGUUCUUGUAAUAGCCAAAGUGUAAUUUGGUUUGUAGAGCAUAUAAAUCUGGGCAUUAAUGAUCACUUAUCGUUAAAGUCUGAAUUUAUAUGCAUUAAAAAGUAUCAAAAUAUGCCAUAUAAUAUGCAGUAAAAGUCAUUAAAAUAUGCAACAAAUAUGCAGUAAAAAUCAUUAAUGUAUACAACAAAUAUGUAUUUAUAAAAUUUAUAUUUAAAAAUUCAAAGUUGUAAUAAGUAUGAAAACAAUAUAUGAUAAUAAAAUAUAAUGAAAUAUAAAUUUAUAAAUAAGAACACGUAUUAAUAAAUACAUUAAUAUUACUGUUUAAAAAUAAAAUAAAAUGUACAACUCAAAAUGUGCUUUAUUCUUUAAAGUUAAAAUUAAUUAUUAAAUGAUAUUCAAGUUUUUCUUCGGUAAAAUUAGUCUAUCUGUUAAUAAAUGCUUGUUUAUCGAAAAUGAUCAUUCACAAUCAACUGAAGUUAUUGGAGCAAAUUUAAAAGAGCUUAAAUAAUUGGGUCUUGAUGGUUAUUAGAACUAUACAUAACAACUAUAGGUAUUAUAAAAUUAAAUAUAUUACAUCGAUAAUGAUGAUAUAACAAUUAGAUUGCAGCAGAUUAACUAUUUCUUUUAAUACGAUGGCGUUCCCUCAACUAUUUCUAAUGUAUAUAAAAUAUUUUACAUAUAAUUCGUAUUUUAAAUUAAGAUGUUAAAAUUGUGUUGCCAAUACCACAUUCUAGCGACCAAAUUUUUUUUGCGACAGCGCAUUCAUUGAAAUAUGUAACAAAUAUGCAUUUACUGUCAAAUAUGCAAAAAUAUGCAAAAUAAAAAUUUAACUAUGAAUUUCAAUUAGUAUGAUUCGUGAAGAUUAUUAACAAAAAUAUAAAAAAGCGAAAAGGAAAAAAUAUGCAAAAACAUACAAAUCCAGGCUCUACUUAUCAUAUACAUUAUAUUAUUUAUAUUGUUUGUGUUGUGAUAUUACCUGCACAAAAAUAUAUUAUAUAAUAAAUUGUAAUUACAACAUAUAUUGUCCAAUUAUCUUUAAACAUUAUUUUAUUAAUUGUAUGGAUUAAACUUAAAUUUAAUGUAAUAAUUUUGAUUAAGUUUAUUAGUAUUAAUAUUGUGCCAGCCAGUAUAUUAAGUAUUUGAGUACAUUUUAAAUACUAUUUUAUUAUAUUGAAAAUACUUUCAAUUAAAUAUAUUUUUCUGACUCAAUUAUAAAUAUUUAGAAUUGUAUAAUAUUAUUAACAUUAUGUUACUAAAAAACAACUACCACCAAAACCAAGAUUUUUUUUUAUAUAAAUAAUAUAAUAUAGGUUAAGGGCUAGUUAUACAAAUGAGUUUUGGCCUUUCUGUAAACACAGACUUCUAUACUAACUAGAUAAGAAACUCGUAUAUUAUUUAUAUUAUUAACAUUGAAGCUCGCGUAUCAGUUUCUGCCAUUUUAUCGAUUGGCAAAACAUUACAUUUCCUACACAAUAUGUAUUAGGAAUAACAUCGUUUUUAAUGGUAAAAUAUAGAAAUAAAUGAAAAAUGAUUUCUAUAAAAUAUUCUUAAUUUUUUUUAAAUAACAGGUUUAGACAUCAUAAAAUACAAUACAACAUAAUUAAUAUUUACCAUUUAAAAUACCAUAUAAUGCCAACCGAAAAACCUGGCUUCAAUUGAUAGCAGGAGUUCGCUAUCUAGUUCUUUAUAGAAAUCUGUGUCUGUAAACAGUAGUGUAUCUGUGAAGUGAGUCAUGUUAGCAUUACAAACUUUAACAAAAAUAAAUAAUAAGGCAGGCAAUAUUUUUGAAAAAAAAACUAAUGUUUUUUAAGUGUAAUAAACCUUUAUAGCUAUAAAUUAAUAUAUUACAAUUUAAAAAAUUUUCAUCAAUAAAAUGAAUUUUGAUUCUUUUUAA